CUUCCCGCCACUUCAAAGUCUGCAUUAUUUGUGCCCUCGCUAUAUCAGAUAUCAGUAGAAGAACACACAAGUACCACGACCAACCCUUACCCAAGAUGUUGUGGGUAGACAAAUAUCGUCCCAAAACCCUCGACCAUGUUAUGGUCCACACCGAUAUCGCUCACAAUCUCAAGAAAUUGGUGAAGGAACAAGAUUGCCCCCAUUUACUCUUCUAUGGCCCUUCUGGCUCUGGCAAGAAAACCCUAAUCAUGGCCGUUCUCCGCCAAAUGUUUGGAUCUGGUGCUGAAAAGGUGAAGGUGGAAAAUAGGACGUGGAAAGUGGAUGCUGGGAGUAGAUCUCUUGAUAUAGAGUUGACAACAUUGUCAAGUGCCAACCACAUUGAAAUAAGUCCGAGUGAUGCAGGAUUUCAAGACAGAUAUGUUGUUCAAGAGGUAAUCAAAGAAAUGGCUAAGAAUAGACCCAUUGAUACUAAGGGGAAGAAAGGAUUUAAAGUACUCGUGCUCAAUGAUGUUGACAAACUCUCUAGAGAGGCUCAACAUUCUCUUCGGAGAACAAUGGAAAAAUACAGUGCUUAUUGCAGACUAAUUCUAUGCUGCAAUAGUUCUUCUAGAGUCACAGAAGCAAUCCGCUCUAGAUGUCUCAAUGUAAGGAUAAACGCACCAAGUGAAGAACAGAUUCUUGAAGUUUUAGAGCUCAUUGGUAGGAAAGAAGAGCUGCAACUUCCUGCUGGUUUUGCUGCUCGCAUUGCAGAGAAAUCAAAUCGGAAUUUAAGGAGGGCAAUAUUGACAUUUGAGACUUGUCGUGUGCAACAGUAUCCUUUCACUAACAAACAAACAAUUCCUCCAAUGGACUGGGAAGAACAUAUUUCUGAAAUUGCAUCUGACAUAAUGAAAGAACAGAGCCCCAAAAGGUUGUUUCUAGUUCGAGGGAAGAUUUAUGACUUGCUAAUAAAUUGUAUUCCUCCGGAGAUGGUUUUGAAGAGGCUUCUUCAUGAGCUGUUGAGGAAGCUGGAUGCAGAGCUAAAGCAUGAAGUAUGUCAUUGGGCUGCAUAUUAUGAACAUCGGAUGCGUCUUGGACAAAAGGCAAUCUUUCACAUCGAAGCAUUUGUGGCCAAGUUCAUGAGCAUUUAUAAAUCCUUCCUUAUUGCAACUUUCGGCUGAAGGUGAAGAGGAUGGUAUACUUUAAAGUGAUUCAACAUGUUAAAUGAAUUGUGUACGGUAAACAACUUACAAAAUGGAAUUUUAUCAUCCUGUAUGCCGCAAUUGUUACAGAAUGAUGUUUUGAUUUGCAAAGGUGCUAAUGUUUUACUAAAUUGCGUGGACUGUGCAUGAAGCUAGACACUCCUGCUUAA